AAAAAAAAAAGCAAACGGCAGACUGGCUUGGCGGUGACGUCACGGCCCGUACUGCAGCAUCAUGACCGGAGAGGCGCGCGUGGAGGACGGGCUGAGAGACUCUGCGGCACGGGGUAAAAGUUAGCGCGCGCGCUCACGGGCGGACUGCGUGAGCGUGUGUGCGCGCGCGUAAGUGUUUGAAGUGAUUUUGUCUCGUGGACGCUUCACCUUCAAAACGCGCGCGCGCGUGCACACACACACACACACGUGCACGCACUGAGUACGCGCACCCGCUCACACGCAGCCUCUGCAUUUCACCUGCACGGAGCAAAACACACGCGCACGCACGCACACACAGACACAUGCACACACAGGGUCUGCAUUCCACCAGCUCACCUGCACACACACACACAAACAUAAUUUUAGCCUUAUUGCUUUACCUAAACAUCUAGAAACAAACACACACACACACACACACUCUCUCUCUCUCUCCCUUUCACACACACACACACACUCUCUCUCUCCCUUUCACACACACACACACACAUCACAUGUUCCUUAUUUCUUCUUAUUUUAUCUACAGAUUUCAUAACACACAUACACAAACCCAUCAUCUGCGUUUCAUCUAUACAUUUAAAUACAGACACACACACACACAGGUGAGUGUGAAAGGAGACGUGAGUGGGUGUGGUGUCUGGCCUAAAGUAGAGGAGCGCUGCCUGACCUGCCAUUCUCAAACUAGUCGAGCAGCUUUGUGUUUGGGCUCAGCAGCGGAACAGCAGAACCGCCUCCGCUCCAGCAUCCCGCAGAAUAACUUUCUCCAGGCGGCUGACAGUCUGAAGGACACAAUAGCUCCAGGAGCCUUGUGUCACAUCUGGGUCUGUGUACGUCCAUCCAUCCCCACCUGCCAGCUUCCUACUAACCACUUCAAACCCGUUGGGUAGACUGAGACUGAAGCAUGGAUGUGAAGAACAUGCGAGAGUACAUGGGCUGGCUCUACUACCAGUACCUACUGAUCACUGGCAUCUACGUCCUGGAGCCCUGGGAAAAGUCCUUCUUCAACACGGUUCUUUUCACCAUGGUGGCCAUGGUGGUCUACACCUCCUACGUCUUUGUGCCCAUCCAUGUGCGUCUGGCUUUGGAGUUCUUCUCUGGACUAUGCGGGGAGCAGCCUGAAAGUACAGUCGCCCUUAUAAACUAAACAAAAGAGGAUAUGAUGUGUAGUGAUAGUGGGGCAGAAAAGAGUUCUUCACCUACCUGUUGCAUACUUGACUAUCCCCUCAAUCUGUUAAUGCAAGUGGAAGCUUCAGAACCUGUUUUGAUCAGUUGCCUAGUAGUUUAUCCUUUCCCUUUCAGUAUGGCGAAGGAAAUAAUGGUUUCACUGGUUCAUGGAAGGUAACUCUUUGUUACUUUAGUUUUUUUUUGUAAUCACAACUCAGGUCACAGUCAUUUGCUUACAUUUGUACCUACUGUUGCAUUACAUACCGGUUUGCGAUGGAAUGGAAAUGCUUAAAAGCUACCAAAUGAUCAGGUAAAAUACCUAGAUUACUCUGUCUCCAACAUUUUAGACCUUAAACCACCCAUGAUCAAACCAAAACGUCCAGGUACCAUAUAAUGGGGCUACUUUAUAGACCUUGUCCACUUUUGUAAUCUACAAUCAUUUUGAUUAUUGUUUCUAGUUAUUGCUGCAACAAAGGUUAAUUAUUCAGCAAUUGUUAAUCAUAACGCAGAAACUCCUUUGUGAAUUGUGGAGUUCUACAGGGCUCUAUUUUAAGGCCUACAUAACUGAUGUUAAUAAUCAUAGAACUGUAGAUUUGAGAGUGAAGAACUGAAGCGUGGGUUUACAUAUAGGGUCUAACGGGUUAAGCACUAAACACAAACAAAUCUAAAGUUAUGACAAAAAUGACAGAUUAAUUAUUAACAUUUUUGUGUAUGCAACACGUUUUAUGAGGUCAUCUUGGAUGCUUUGCGAUGCUUCAUGUAUCACCAGUGGUACACAUACAGCAGUUUGAGAAUUACUUACCUAGAUGACGUACUGAUGCUAAACACUUGCUUCACAAGUGAAAAACAGUGCCAACCUCUCUCCCAGUCUUCAAAUGAUAUGAUUAACUGCUCUUAAAUGUAUCUGGGAGGAACGUACCUUCUCUGAAGUGCCCUGGAGGGACGUUCUGAAGGAACUCCAAGUCAAAGCCAUGUCCAAUUUAAGCCUUUUACUUCUCUUUUCCCAGAUUCUAGCCUCUCUUGGGUUCCCUCCCUAUCCCGGUAGUGGCUUUCCUUUUUUGAAUGGUGGUGCAGGAUAGGCUCCUGGGUGACAGCAGACAGCCAAUGUUUUGCAUGGCAGGACCACUAUCGCACUUAUCGUUUGCAUGCAAGAAUCUCGCCAGUGAUUCUCUCCCCCGUUAUUACUGCUUGUGUUGAUAGAAUGCCCGGUCGAUAACGCUGCUAGUGGGCUUUCCGCACAGGUCAGAUAACCUUUGCCAGAUGACUCAGUAUGGAAUUGCAGAGGUUCCUGUGAUAGAUAGGGCAUCCAAUAGCAUCCCACACAUUUUUAAUCACGGAUAGGUCUGGUAAUGCAACUGGACACGGUUUAGCAUCUGUGUCUUCAAGGCAAGCUCCUGAAAUCUCUUGGCAGAAGUAUGUGGAUAAGCAUUAUCCUGUUGGAAUAGCACACCCCAGACUGUGUGUUCUAAAAAUGUAGAAAUGGAUCGCCAUUUCAAUAGCCCUCAAUAGCCCAUAUCAGUCUUAGUAAAGUAUGAUUUUAUCAUCAGUGGUUUUGCCCAUGAUUUUCUUCUCUGUGAUCAUUGGAUAUAUUGAUAGAAAGCCCUCUUUAUAUCACUGCUAAACACUUGCUGCUGGUUGCCAUUCUGGACAGGCUACAUGAUCUCUGGCUAUACCGAGAUUUGUAGUUGCUCAAAAAAAGGUGGGGAAGGUCCUGAAAUUCAUCAUUUAUGUCUUUCUUUUUGUUUUCUUACUUUGUGAUGUCAAUGUUGAUUUAUUGAAUGUACUCUCAUUUCCUAUGCAACAAGGCAGCUCCAAGAGAGUCAAAAACGUAACUGCGGAAUGGUGUAAUGCAAUGUAAGCUCCACUGCACUUGUACAAAUAUUGAUAUUUCUGUAGGAGUCUUCUCGGCAUGUUAAACUUACUUGAGCAACACUUUCGUUUUCUCUCAUUCUCUCUCUCUCUUUCUAUCUCUCAUUCAAGCUAGUCUUCAGCAAACGGCUCUCAAAGCUGGAAUAAAAAUCAGCAAAUCAGUCAGUCUUCCUUCCUGCCAAAACAAUGAACAAUGCAUGCACUCUGAUUUACACUGAAUGAUACCUUUCUUCAGCCUUUCGAUCAAUAAACAUCAUCUUCACCAAAGUUAAUUACAGGUUUCAGGUAACCAUUUUGUCUGUAUUUAUCUAAUAUGUUUAUAAAUGUAUAUUUAUGUACUGGAUACUGGAACUUUGGCUGGUUACAAUGUCAGUUACCAAACCUUUUUAUUGCACUUAUUUCAGUUGUCUUUAUGCCAAACAUGUAUUUCUGAACAUUUUCACUUGGAAAUCACUGUGUAUUUUUACAUCUCAAAGACUGAAUAUGUAGACACAGGUGUCAUCACAUUUCACAUACCCUGAUUCUGAUAUAUACAUGAUAUAUGUACAUGAUAUGUUUGUUCAUUCAAUGUUGCUUUUUUAUUGGUUGAUUUUCACAAAAUAAAGUAAUUUUACAAGAAUCUAUAGUGGAAUGACAU